CUCUGAUCGUUAACAAUGAGCAAAGAUCAUCACCUCCAAGUCACAUUCCUAGAACGGAGGGUGAAGACACAGGGCUGGGCCACAGUGAAGAGGAUUCCAUCAGCAGCACCCGCGCCCUAGUGAAUUUGUGGCCUGUGCUCUCACCUAGUGAUGGACCUGGACGAAACAAUGACCACGUCCACUUCUUCCUCACCGUCCGCACUGCACGACACCAUCGACAUCGACGAAGGGUUCGAAGACGACAGCCUCUACCCGGAAGACAUGAACAACGACAACGACGGCGACAACUCUCAGAGCGACCGCCCUCACACUCCCGCGAACGACCACCUCAACGCAGCCGCCCCGGGCGAACUGUCACCCCCGCGAUCGCAGAGGCAAAGCCAAAUCGAAGACCUACAGCAGCCCGCGUCACAAGCAAUGGCCAACGGCACCGCCACGCGCAGCUCGGCGAGGGUUGCAGCCAUGCAGUCAAAAUCCGAGGCAGAAGGCCAAGCGCAGGUAGCUUCCACAACGGAUGAUCGAGAUGGCCGCGGCAAGCCUGGCUGGGCGUGGCGCAACAAAAAGGCACAGGAAGAGAGGCAGCGUGCGUGGGAAAACAUUGUCGACCGGGAUUUCAGUCUCAAGGAGUUUGGGGAUGUCAUGUUGCAGGGCAAGGCGCAAGUAUCUGGAUGAUGGUGAUGUGAUACGAAAACAAUCAAGGAGCAAUAUGCGGAUAUGCCUGAUGAGCAUGGAAAUAUGGUUUACUCUGGUUUCAUUUGCAUGGCGAAGGCGCACCAGAUAAGGAGAUGGCAUUCAUAUGGAGGGCGCUAGAAGACUUGUGUCUAUGGGACCGGACGAGCAUUCGCAGUACCUCUAUUCUGGAACAAAGCUCCUGAUGAUUUAUGCACUCAUUGCAACUACACCAUAUGCUUGGCCGAAACACGCCUAUCCCGUACCAUACCUUUAACUUUUCACCCUAUCAUCUCACCAUCUCUUGACGGCAGUGCAACAGAACAAAACCAGGGAGUUACAGGGCGUUAUUCUGACGUCACGCAUCUCCAGUCCUUCUGGAAGCAUGGUUUCUUGAUAUGCCCAACCACACGACCCGGUCCCCCAGAUGUCAUCCAGCGCACUUACUUGUCCACUCUAGCUAUAAUGUCCCCCGCUACGGAAGGAGACGCUCCGCCUCGAGCAUCAGAGAGUCAUAGAACGAUCCCGUACGACAUCAACGACGACACGCUACGGCCAGCACGGCGACACGCCUUGAUCCACGCCCCCGGACGCAUACAAGGCUGGCGUGCCGUGUCCGCUGAUAGUCGCGCUGCACGAGAAAGGGCAACCAGCCCCAGAAUUCGAGCAUCACACUCAGCUGUCCAAUGCAGUGCUCAACCCGGACGCCAUCGUCGUGUACCCUGAGGGAGUGAAGUUACAGUGGACCGCGACCGUCGGUUUCGUCAACGUGCUGCUAGACCACGUCAUGCGCGACCUACGCUGUGGAUGCCACGCGGGUAUACGUCGCGGGGUUCAGCAACGGCGGAGGGCUCGCUGCGCUGCUGGCAUGCGACCCGCGAGCGUCCGGCCGCAUCGAUGGGGUCGCCGUGUCUACAGCCGCGGUCUACCGGGACGAGGCGCUCAAGGAGCCUCUGUUCAGCAAAUGCAACCCCUUCACGCCUCCCGGUCCCCAUCCUCGAGUUCCACGGCGAUGCAGACCCCGUGAUCCCCUACGAGGGCAAAACCACGCCGGACGGGCCGACGUACGACGUUUAUGAGUGGCUGCAAGGCUGGGCGAAGAGGAACGGACGUGUCGAUCUGGAGGGCAAGCACAGCUUCCUGCACGGCGGCAAAGUUGAGAAGAAUGUUUGGAGUACCACGGGUAAGGCGCACGGAACGAGCAGCAUGUGCAGGGUGUGAUUGAGCAUUUACAAAAUCGCUGGCUUCGGUCACGGAUGGCCGUCACGGUAUCCGCUCAACAAUGACAGCCAGGAACGACACGGUCCAACGUACUUUGACGCGACCCCGCUGGUGAUGGAGUUCUUUGGGAGAUUCAAGCGUACUGAAGCAUAGAGCAUCGUAUUAGAAAAGCAAGACUAAAGUAGACAGGUGAUAUUCGUGCC